AUGAUCAGAGUCGGGAAAAUGAAGCAGUACUCCAACGUCGUUGACAAGCCCUCAGCAAAGGCAAACAAGAGUCGCUUAAUUCUUCGCAUAUUGCAGGUGAGCUUGACCGCAUUUGAUUUCUCUGAUCUCCUCUUCCACUGCACUUCUCAUGUCUCCUCCAAUGCCUUAACAAAGCAGAGAUCCUUCAGAGAUGGAGUUGGUUUCGAGCCGAGAUUCUUCUACGGGAGCACCUCGAUUCCACCGGAUUCUGACAUUGAUCUCUCUAACAAAGAGACAAAAAGGAUAACGAUUAGCAGGGAAUGUCAAUCUCAUGGACGACAUCGCUGUGCAAGCUUCCAUACCAUGACGGAAUUGCAAAUGUAUCAGCCGUCUCAGCCACCGUUAUGGGCAAUGCAAAGCGUUUCAAGAACUGGUGUUGAAUCGGAUGAUGCGAAUAAUGGUGGACCAGGAGAGAUGGAGCUUGAAGGAAUCCAAACUAAAACGAUUGAAGUAAGAACAAGAAAUUUGGUACCAGCCUAUGGUUAUCUCCGAUCUCCUAAUUCCCAACAAGUGACAAUAGUCAAUAUGAUCCUUUCCGAGUCCAAGUAG